UAAGACAUAGUAAACAUAUACCCUGUGUUAAGUUCUUGUUUGAACUUGUUCAAAAACAAAAUGUUCAAUGUUUGUCCAGCUUUAAAGUUUUUCUAUUUUGAUAUUUUACACCUACCAAUAUGAAUAAAGAAAAUAACAGGAGUGCUGCUGGCCUAAGACGCUCAGCUAUUGCUGAAAGAAAGAGACUCAAAGAAGAAUGGUCUGUGCUAAAAGGAAUUGUUACUGACAAGCAAGAAAACAUAAAUGUGUUGAAAAAGAAACAAUGCAAUACUAAACCAUAUAAAACACAAUCCAAAGAAAUUAAACAACCUGAACAAGUGGGAGUAUGUGAAGCUCUCAGAGGAGUGGGAGUAUGUGAAGUUCUCAGAGGAGUGGUAGCACUUGUGGAUGUUGGGGCGGAGUCUCGUGCCUUGGGACUUCGGGCAGCACUGAUGGCACUUGGAGCAAGUGUUGUUCCUGCAUGGAGUCCUCUAGUUACACAUUUAAUAUGGACACAUGGUGGCUGUCGUAAAAUACGUUCUAAGGCACGGGCACUCGCCUGUCACCUAGUUUCACCUUUAUGGGUAGAAGCAUGUGCGUCAGCAGCAAAAAGACAGCCAGAGAGGAUAUUCCCUGCACCAAGCAGACCCUCCGAUUUACCUUCACCAGCUACAUUACGUAUUUUACUGAAAAAAGCAGAACACGAAAACAUUCCACUUAUCGAUUUCCUCUCUGACAGCCGAGAAAGUGAUGAAGAAAAUGCUCCUAGACUUCGCAUCUCUAGUGAAACAGACAGCUCCGAGAGAAAGUCACACAACAAGUCUACUGAUGAAUCUCACAACCAGUCGAAUGAUAAAACAUUGAACCAGUCGACAAAUUCAAACAAUUCACCAAAUAAAAAUUCCCCAAAUCGGGUAAAGACAAGGCCUCGCGGUCUACCUCAGACCCCAAUACGCCCGACUAAGACUAGACGAAAGCUGUUCGCAUAUAAAGAAGAUGUUAUCGCCGAUUUAAAUGAUGAUAGGGAAACACCGACUCCAGUUCGACCAAAAAAACAUUUAACACACCGACAGAGACAGGAGUUUAUACAAGCCGAAAGAAUUGCCAGGAAAUUAAUAAAAACACCAAUAAAAAAGACACCAAGAAACGGACCAAUUGUAGGAACACAACGCAAGAAAAUUGUACCAAGAAUUGUAUUAACAGGAAUGUCUAAAUCUGAACGGAGCGAAGUAUUCAAAGCAUUGAAGUCAUUAGAUUGCAAGAUCAAAUCCAAAGUAACAUACAAAACGACGCACAUUAUAUUUGGCUCAUGUCAGGAACAAAACAGAAGUCAUAUAAAUCAGGAGUGUACCAAACCCAGGACAGUUAACGCUUUACUUGGAGCGAUUAGAGGGUGUCGGGUAUUGGGUACCCAGUGGGCUAUUGACAGCGCUAAGGAGGGGCAAUGGUUGCCCCACUAUGGGUAUGAAGUGCCGCAUUUACUGAAGAUUUCUACGAAAGCACGAGUGGAACGCGCAGCUCUUGGCCGUAUGCGUUCGGAAUACGCGUACGAUAUUUUUAACAGCUUCAAAGUGAAAAUACAAAGUAAUGCCCCUCAUAAACCCGCUAUAACUGAACUUUUGCUCUUAUGCGGAGCAAUUAUCCAAGAUGGCGACUGUGACGUCACAAUAGGCCAGGAGGAGGGGGAAAUUAACUCUAAAUGGGUGUUUGACAGCGUAGCGAGUGGACGUAUGAGAACUACGCGACGAUAUGUUAACAUAAAUAUACCUGAUAUUGUUAGUUUGACACAGAAUUGGAGUAUUAGUCAUAGAUAGCGUUGAAAUUUCAAAUUUUAUGAAAAUUUAAAUCGGAGGCAGUUGAGCGGUUUAGAAAAACAUCCCCAUAAGGUCAAGGCGUUUACACCUUAAGAUUCAAAACCUUACAAGUAGAUGACACGUGGAAGACAGUUUCGACUCUGAGGCCCGUAUUCUAGAACGUCAAUCAAACUUAAAUCUACUUUCAGUUAGUAUUCCAUUUUUGUAUGAAGUUUGAUAUUUGAUAGUGCUCAAGACGAGAGAUUGUGACUUGAGAUACGAAUAAGAAUGUGGAUCCGAAUCUUUCCCUUAGGUUCUAAUGAGUACUCCCCAAAAAGUGGCGAAGUCCACUAUAAUAUUACCACUAUUUCCACUCCACAUUGUCCAACUUUAGCACGAACUUUACGAAAGUUUUGUGAAGUAUGUAUAUGUCAUUACCAUAACGCCAGUUUUCGAAAGCUCACGCAUGGGUUUUUCUUACAUUUGGAAUAGUUUAUUAUACUAAUAUUAUCCGAACAAUGUACUUUUCAUUCUUCCUUUAGUUCCAAUUACGACCACAGGGCGCUGCUUAGGUUUUCCAUACAAAAUUGUAUCCUUACUAUUUUUAUUACCUCCACUAUUUGUUUGGCCGUAAUUUCAUGCUUAGAGUACUGUUUUUAAUUAUUUUGUUAUUAUGGGGUGACCAUGCUUGGUCGUGAUAUUAUGAAAUGUCGUUUUAUUGUAGGACUAGAUAUUUUGAAACUUUACAAAAAAAUUAGAGGUUAGUUUUGUGUCAUUAGGUAUUUAUUCUCUUGUGUUGGUUUGGUAUUUGUAUAUGGAAUUUUACACCGCUUAUACAUUGUUAAUAAAAAAUGUUCAUGAAUAAA